AUGGCACAGGCGCGGCGACAGUGCACGGUAAGCGCCAAUGUGGACAGGGAAGGCAGCGCCUGCUUCGACUUGAAGUUCGUGCAACCCUUCAAUGGCGUUUUGGCCGCUGCUUCGCUUGGAAGCUCCUCGGUUUCCACAGAGUUCGCUUUGCGUCUGGAUUCGGAGCAUUCGUCGAAGCGUGGCUUGCUCUUUGGCACAGAGUUUGUCCGGCAGAGCAAAGAGCUCGCAGCCUGCGGCUAUGUGGAUCUUUGCACGCAAAGCUUGUGCCACGUCAGUGGCAAGUUCUGGAACGGUACUUGGCGGUUGACCACAGAUUGGUCCUUGAGAGAUCUGGACAUGAAGACUUCGCCUUCAAUAGCUCUUCAGCAAGAGCGCCUUCGGUCCUUGAAGACCAGCCUCAAGGCUUGCCUGUCCUUCCGAUACACUCAGUUCACGGCAGAGCUUGCAGGGCCUCCAGGCGACGUGGCUUUUGGGAAGCUAGCGGCAACUGCAGAAGCGACGACCGCUUUAAUAAAGCCCGGGCGCUCGGGCUCUGGCUCGGACGCCUUCUGGCAACUGCAUCUUGCCGGCGUGAUGGGCCUCCUUCUGCCCGUUGGGAAGAGCUGCGCUCAGGACCGUUUCCACCUUGGGGGCGCCUCCGGGCCCUGGGCUCUCAAAGGCUUCGCAGAGAACGGCGCGGAGCCGAGGGCAAGGAGGAUGAGCGGCGAGACCUCCCUGGGCCCCAAGGACAAGGAGCACAAUGCCUUGGGAGGUGAAGCAUUGGCAUCGGCUUUCCUGGGUGCUUCAAGACCACUGGACAUUCCCUCUUUGGAAGGCCUUCGACUGAUGGUCUUCACCAGCCUUGGUGUCCUCCAUCCCUCCAUAGGCACCGUUUCACGGCCGAGUUCGCCGCUUCGGGCCUCCUUGGGCUGUGGCCUUGCGCUCCCCUUGGGCCCGGGCAUGCUCGAGCUCACCUUCACGCAGCCAGUGCGGUGGGUAGAGCAUGAUGUUCGACAGAGAUGGCAGUUUGGCCUCCGGCUGCAAGCUCUGGGUUGA